AUCACGUACAGCCGCGGAUGAGAGGGGAGGGGCGGGGGUGUUUAGCCGGGUCUCUCUCUGCUGCAGCGGCCAUGCUGCUCUCCAACGUCUGCCUCUCUCUCUGCAUCCCGGUCCUCCUCCUCCGGUGCAACCUGCCCCCACUGCAUCCCUCUCUCCCGGGCACACGGCUCAGCCUGGACCAGUCCUGCUGAUCCGUAGCGGGUCAGGGAUUCUCCUGGAUCCACCAGAACGAACCGGAACACGGCACUGGAGGGAAGGGAAGAAAGCCUCCUUAGCAACAAACCGGUUUCACGGCAUUAUUGUGAUGGACGGAUGCUGAGGACGCAAGAAUAAAGUGCGACAAAGGGCAGGACUGGAUUACAAGACUGGAUCUGAAGCUGGAGCUCUACAAGGAAAUGUUCAGAUCACCGGGACUACAGGAAGGUCACGGGGGCGAAGCGACCCUUAAAUCAUCGAGAAGAAGGUGAUGAUUGUGGAUUUCGUUGGAGCUUGAAAUUGGUCCGAGGGAGAACCUCUUGGGAUAGGGUUACUUGAAGUACGAGUACCCCUAAAGUUUCGUGGCACGAGCACGAAUCCUGGUCUUUGAUCAACCACUGAAACUCGACCUGUUGGACUAUCGGACCAGGGAAUUGUAAGUCUCUUGAUCAAAGCGUCUGUGGAUCUUCGGGUUCUAAUAUUGUACCGCUAGUUUGCAAACAACGGACUCUGGCUCCACCUUCGUUGUCCAUAAAGGAUACCACUGGAUUUACGAAAGGGUUAGCUAACCAAGCUGACUACUUUUGCCGUCUUUUUGGUGGUGUACCAAAGACCGUGUUAAACUUCUGUUACCAAAACCAGGACCAGAUAUGUAAAGAGAUAAAGCAGUCUUUUUGGGGGGUCUUUGUGUCCUCGGACUGGUCCUACAACUAACUCUUGGGAUUAUACAAAUUCCCUGUUCCAGAAGAGAUUACUGGAUCCACCAUCCAACGUAUCAUAUCAGGAGUCCAUAGUAAGUUUCCCUUAGAGCCAAGGACCGAGCUCAGUGGAAGAUGAAUCUCAUGUAGCGAGGCCUCUGUUGGACUUCCUUGAAUCAGUAUUUCGCCAUGUCUUUGAGUAAGACCCUCGAGCUGGAGCACUUUGACGAACGCGACAAGGUUCGCCGUGGACGCUCCCCCCGUGCCAAGAGAGAUGACUCCACCAGCAGUGCCGGUGGUGGUGGUGGUGGUGGGGGGUCCGGACCCAGCUCCAGGGGCAGCAGCCUCGUUCCUAGCCCCGCCCACAGCGCCAACUGUAGUUACUACCGGACCAGAACCCUGCAGGCGCUCACAUCGGAGAAGAGGGCAAAAAAGGUCAGGUUCUGUCGCAAUGGAGACCGGUACUUCAAGGGUCUGGUGUAUGCGGUUUCCAGUGAUAGGUUCCGCUCCUAUGACGCGUUGCUGAUGGAGCUGACGCGCUCGUUGGCGGACAACCUGCACCUGCCUCAAGGCGUACGAGCGAUCUACACGAUAGAUGGCAGCAAGAAGAUAACCAGUAUGGACGAACUGGUGGAAGGUGAGUGCUACGUGUGUGCCUCCAACGAGCCGUACCGAAAAGUCGACUACACCAAGGUCUCCAUCCCGAGCUGGAAGCCAGGAGCAAGUGCCGGAAUCAGCACCACCGCUGGCACCGCCCGGCCCGCCACAGCCUCCACGGGGGUGUCAGCGAGCACCGGCGCCACCUUCAAAGACCGCUCCGAAAGUCGGGAGUCCAGGGAGAGCAAAGACUACAUCAAACCUAAACUGGUGACGGUGAUCCGGAGCGGUGUGAAGCCUCGUAAGGCGGUGAGGAUCCUGCUGAACAAGAAGACGGCCCACUCCUUCGAUCAGGUGCUCGCAGACAUCACCGAGGCCAUCAAGCUGGACUCGGGGGCCGUGAAGAGGCUGUACACGCUGGAUGGGAAGCAGCUGACGUGUCUGCAGGAUUUCUUCGGGGAUGACGAUGUGUUCAUGGCGUGUGGGCCGGAGAAGUUUCGCUACGCUCAGGACGACUUCGUGCUCACGCACAGCACCAAAACACCGACUUUUGUAAACGAGUGCCGAACCAAAACAUCUCGCCCCGCAGUCCCUACAAAAACAACUCCCAAGUCUCCCAGCGGCUCAGGCUUCACCUCCUCCAGGACUCCCCCCAAAGGCCCGACCAGAACCAAGUCACCUGGUCCAGCCAAUGAGGGCUCAGGAUCUCAGUCAGCGGGGAAGUCAGCCAGGUCAAGCCCCUCCCCCACGAGCCCCGGGACUCGACGCAGCCUCAAGGUCUCUCCUCGUCGAGCGUCCUCCACCGAUGUAAACGGAGAGGCCGAGCAGCCGGACGACUCCGCCGUAGAAGUGAACGGUAACCGCUCCGUUUCGUCCUCCAUCAUCAACGAGAAGUACCAGGUGGGGAAAGUGAUCGGGGAUGGAAACUUCGCUGUAGUGAAAGAGUGUGUGGAAAGGUCGACGGGACAAGAGUACGCUCUGAAGAUUAUCGACAAAGCUCGCUGCUGUGGGAAGGAGCACCUGAUAGAGAAUGAAGUAGCGGUUCUGCGGAGGGUCCGACACCCGAGCAUCAUCGAGCUCAUCGAGGUGGACGAAACUCCGAGUCAGCUCUUCCUCGUCAUGGAGCUCGUCAAGGGCGGCGACCUGUUCGACGCCAUAACCUCGUCCACCAAAUACAGCGAGCGCGACGCCAGCGCCAUGGUGUUCAACCUGGCCGGAGCCAUCAAGUACCUGCACCGCAUGAACAUCGUCCACCGAGACAUCAAACCUGAGAACCUGCUGGUGUGUGAGUAUCCAGACGGCACCAAGUCUCUGAAGCUCGGUGACUUCGGUUUGGCAACAGUGGUGGAGGGACCUCUGUACACGGUGUGCGGCACGCCAACGUACGUGGCGCCGGAAAUCAUCGCCGAGACCGGUUAUGGUCUGAAGGUAGAUAUUUGGGCAGCUGGAGUGAUCACGUACAUCCUGCUGUGUGGAUUCCCUCCGUUUCGAAGUGAGAACAACGUGCAGGAGGAGUUGUUCGAUCAGAUCCUCCGAGGGAAGCUGGAGUUCCCGUCUCCAGACUGGGACACGAUCAGCCUGCCCGCUAAGAUGCUGAUUAGUCAGAUGCUGCAGGUGAACGUAGACACUCGCUUCACUGCCGAGGAGGUCCUGUCACACCCCUGGGUCACGGAUGAGGCUCCCGCCGACUCCAACACUGUGAGCAGCAACGAAGACCAAACCGGUGGAGACGCACCGGAACCAGAGCCGGACUCCCCAAUACUGGAAACCAAACAAAUUCCGUCACCUCUCGUCUGAAACAAAUCCUCGUUCGACAACUGGAAACACAACAGAUCCCUGGAAAUCCACAAAGCCCCCCUUAAUCUGGUGGAUACUCGUCCCAGAAUCCAAACAAGUUCCCUCUUGUUCUUCUGAACCAGAUCCAAUCAUGUGGUAUCUACUAGAAUCCAAUCAAAUCCCCUUACCAAUGUUCUUCUACCGGAAACCAAACCAGUUCUAUGAUUUCUGGUUUGAACCACUUCCCAAGUCAUAUACCAAAACCUGAACAAGGUUCCCCCGAUGUAGGGUAAAUCCAAUCCAAUGGAAACUAAACAAGUUCCUAUUAAUAGAACACAAUCAAACACCCAGACCUGGUCUAGAACAAGCCCAGUUUAAUCCUCUGCAAUUUACUCACCACUGGUGUCUCAUUGCUUCUGGACACUGGACCAGUUCCUUGGUGUGGGGUCAGUGCUUGAAAUCUGGUCCAAACUUCAUUCUAAUGUGUGACUAAAAGUUCCCAACCAAACAAGUCCCCAAACACAGUUCCUUUAAAGAACCUUCCCAUACAUCUGGUCUGGUCUACAUCUGUAUUCACUGGAAACAAAAUGUUAGUACCUGAAGUCCAGAGCCAGUCUGGUUUCAUCCCCAGGAACCCAAACAAGUCCAGUAACUCUGGUCUGGACUUUCUUCUGAUUUAGAGGAAACCAAAAAAGUUCAUUGGAUGUAGUCAAGAAGAUGUUCCUCAAACAAACCUUUAGUCCAGAAUCAUGCUUGUGUCUGAAAACCAAACCAGUCCCCAUAUCUCUGUUCCAGAAGUGGUUCCAUUCAGUUAACUAAGAACCAAACAAGUCCAAUGCCACCAAAUACCGUCCCAUACACCCGCCUGAAAUCAACAGGGUUUCAUCCACUGGGAAAAAAAUGUCUGGUCUAGAAGAAGUCCUCUUCUGUCAACUGGAUCCAAACAAGUUCCCUCACACAGGGUCAAGAUUCUUACAGUCCUCUCACUUUUCUGAAUUAACUGGAAGUCCAGCACUUCUGGUCUACAGCCAGUUAGUGAAACCAGUUCUGCGUCUCUGACCUGGACUCUGCUCUCCACUUUUUGAUUCACUGGGAAGUCCCCCCUUUCUCAGUUUAGAGACGUUUUUAAUCCACUGAAAUCUGAGCAGGACUCCUCGUCUUCAGUUACCUCUCUACUGGAAACAAUCAAGUGAUGCAUCAUUAUUUGUAUGUCCUGGAAGCUGUCCUCGUCUCUGGUCUGGACCCGCGUUCAACCUGCUGAGGACCUUUAAAGUCUCAUCUCUGCUGCUGUACUGGAAAGUAUUCAGACCGUCUUUUAUGAGCCCCGUUUAACAUCUGUGAGACCGUCUAUCGCUCUAUCAGAGGAGUCCUGUUUCCUGUUCUCUAAUGAAGGCACCUCACUGCUGCUUUAAAGACACUCUGCAUCAGAACCAGGACACCAUGAGGGUGCUGUAGGACAUCCUGUUCUAUCACUCAGCGUUCCCCUGUAAAGGCCCUCACCUCGGGUCUAAACGAUAAACUAAGAGGCUUUGAUAAAGGCCUCAACCACUUUAGGGAUUUAACCAUGUGACUCACGAACAAACGGUCCCUCCGGUUUAGGGAUUAUUUCCUCUGAAGUCCCGCCUCACAGGGAUCAGGAUGUCUUCCACUUGUUCUGGGAAACAUCCCAUUUCUCCUGCCUUUCACUCUCCAGCUCUCUCCGUCCACAGACCGGAAGGACGUUUGUCUUUUCUUCAAUCCGACAUGUCCCAGAAGACGUUUGAGUUUUGUGCCUGUUUACGCUGAUGAUGGUUCCUCCCCUAAAUCUCAGCUGUUUCCUUUCCUAGGUUCCUCAGUACGAGUCGUUGGCUGUACAGACCGACGGGACUCAUUGUUUUGGGGGUUUUAGAGGUUUUUGGAAAGAAUGAGAAUGAUAUUAGAGAUUGGUUUGACAUUUGGUGAAAUAUCCUGCUGACUAAGAGUUGGAUAGAAAACCACUACACUUAACUUUACAGGCACUUAAAGCUUAGAGCCUGAGCUGGAGGCCAUUAGCCUAGCUUGUCUAGCACAGCGGGUCAGGCUAAAAAAGAAGAGGGAGAAGUAGAUUACCUUGUUAUAUCCAAGGUUAAAGGUCCUUUCGUCUACUACUUUAGUCAUCCUCCAGUUCAGCAGCCCUGAGAAUGUGGGCGCUGACUUGAGAACAGGACUAACACUUUAGUCCAGAGCUUGAUCCAUAAGGCAACUGGACUGGUAGAAAUUCUUGAAGACGUUUCACCUCUCCUCCAAAAGGCUUCUUCAGUUCUGACCAGACUGCAGGGAACAUUGGUGAAACCAAACAACCUGGUGGUGGACUAAGACACCAUUUGUCUCCUACAUACAACGCUGUUUUGAAUUCUCUGUCAAAACAAGUAAGACCAUACUCACACCAGAGACCACGUGACUCUAACGACUCACAGCUGACCCAUCAACUUAACGACUGUCAGGGACUAGACUAACGACUGUCAGGAACUAGACUUACGACUGUCAGGGACUAGACUAACGACUGUCAGGGACUAGACUAACGACUGUCAGGAACUAGACUAACGACUGUCAGGAACUAGACUAACGACUGUCAGGGACUAGGCUAACGACUGUCAGGAACUAGACUUACGACUGUCAGGGACUAGACUAACGACUGUCAGGGACUAGACUAACGACUGUCAGGAACUAGACUAACGACUGUCAGGGACUAGGCUAACGACUCACAGCUGACCCAUCAACUUAACGACUGUCAUGGACUAGACUAACGACUGUCAGGAACUAGGCUAACGACUGUCAGGGACUAGACUAACGACUGUCAGGAACUAGACUAACGACUCACAGCUGACCCAUCAACUUAAUGACUGUCAGGAACUAGACUAACAACUGUCAGGGACUAGGCUAACGACCCCACUUAGGACCCCUUUUUGACUCCUGGACACACCCAGGACUGUUAGUGGCUUAUAUCUUCGAGCUCUUCCUCAGUCUGGUCAGAACUGAAGAAGCCUUUGGGAGGAGAGGUGAAAAGUCUUCAAGAAUUUCUUCCAGUCCAGUUGCCUUACGGAUCCAGCUUUGGAUUACCAUGACCUGGAUGACUGAGAACCUUCACAGACAGCAACACUUUAGCUUUCAUUACCACUCACAGACAUGCUGAUGUGACUGGCUGCAACAUUUCAAGACUUGCUUCCUUCAGUUUGGGGUCAGAUUCUGGAUCUGGAAGUGUAGUGUAUUUGCGUUGGUUCUCCUGGAGCGCUCGCCAUGUUUGUUUUGGUGUUUUUCCGCCUCUGCAGAAAAAUAAUUUCUGUUUUGUUUUUGGUAAAAACCAACAAAAACCCUCAAAACAAUGAGCCUUGUUUUCCUCACACUCCACAGAAGGACACUUCCUCCAAACCAACUACCAUCCUCUCCCUGUUUCCCAGACUUUGUACUGUAACUCAAAUAAACUGAGUAACUUCCAAACCUCACAUUUUAAGAACAAUCUCAACGAACCUUUCGAGGUUUCUUCUUGCAGUAUGACUGAGUCAAAGGGGGUGCGUUCAGUCCAAACCCUGAGCCCCCCCCCCACCUCGCCUCCCGCCUGCAGUUUAACGGAGGAUCAAACAUGUUGUACAUACUGUAAAUAUCACUCUGUCUGUUGGUGUUUGUUUGUGUGAGUCAGUCGUGAAGUAGGGAAACAGUAGCAGAAAAAAAUACUUCAAUGAAAAGAAUCUCAUCGUAGACGAUCGUAGACGAUGUGUCAACACAAAAAAAACUUUUCCUAAAGAUUUUCAUGACAAAAAAAAAAGAUUUUCCACGCCGACAUUGAAACAUUUUGACAUUUAAAAUGUGUUUUCACCGGAAACUUCCUCUAGAAAGGCAGAAAAAACAGAAUCAAGGUUUUUAAAGGAAACUGUAACGAAAGAGUUCUCACCUUUGAGUCCAGGUCCUGAUGGAUUUGGUAGCAAAUGUUGUUUGGCGUGCUAUGGAUCUCUUUCCUUAUAUGGUCAUGUGUCUGGGAUGUGACAUAGUGGGUCAUCUACCAAUCAUAUCGCUCCAUCCACCAUCAUGUUGUCCGUAGAUGUAACUGGUUAUAAGCAUCACUUAAGGAAACGUGUGUGUGUGUAAAUAAGUGUGUGAGGAUGUUUGAUUUCACAACGUUAAUGUUUAACUUAAAACCAUGAACAGUGGGAAACAUGAGGUCCAGGAUGUGUGUGUGUAAGUGUGUGUGUUGAAGUGUGUGUGCCUGCAUUAAGGAGAAGGGGUCUUUUUUUUAAUACUUGAAAAGUGUCAGAUGUCUUUGAGUAAUUCAUUGACCUGAUGAUGUGUUUAUGACCUUACCUUGACCUUUGAACUUAGCACGACCUUUCCAUGGCCUUGACCUUUGGGCUCGAGCCACUGAUGAAGAGUUUGGCGGGGAUGUUUGGCGGAGACAUGCUACAGAGUUAGCAAAAAUACCUUUGAAAAAAUACAACUGGUUUUGUCAAAUUAAGGAAAAAUUGCAAAACAAUUGGUCACAAAAUAAUCAGAAUUGUUCAGAUUUAAGAUUUUCUCCUCUUUUGCUACACUGACAAUAUUACCUUGCUAUUUACAGUGAAGCUGAGACUCACCAGAAUCAGAUGAAUGAGACAUCAUGAUGUUUCAGGAAAUUUAAGACCCACUGAUUCAAAGAAAUUACAAGGAAAUCAGGGUCUGUUUCAGUGAAGUAAGCCAGAUCAGAGCCUGUGUGUAACUUACUAUUAACAGUGAAGCUGAGACUCACCAGAAUCAGAUGAAUGAGACAUCAUGAUGUUUCAGGAAAUUUAAGACUCACUGAUUCAAAGAUGUUACAAGAAAAUCUGUAUCUUUCUCGGGUCCUUAUCGCUGAUUUUAAGCCAGAGUGAAGCCUCUUUGUGACUUACUAUUUACAGUGAAGCUGAGACUCACCUGGAAUCAGAUAAAUGAGACAUCAUGAUAUUUCAGCAAACUUAAGACCCACUGAUUCAAAGAAAUCACAAGAAAAUCAGGGUCUGUUUUGCUGAAGUAUGCCAGAGUGGAGCUUCUGUGUAACUUACUAUUAACAGUGAAGCUGAGACUCACCAGAAUCAGACGAAUGAGACAUCAUGAUAUUUCAGGAAACUUAAGACCCACUGAUUCAAAGAAAUAACAGAGAAAUCUUAUUUUCUUGGGUCUUUUUUUUGCUGAAGUAUGCCAGAGUGGAGCUUCUGUGUAACUUACCAUUUACAGUAAAGCUGAGACUCACCAGAAUCAGAUAAAUGAGACAUCAUGAUGUUUCAGCAAAAUUUAUGACCCACUGAUUCCAGGAAAUUACAAGGAAAUCAGGGUCCGUUUCGGUGAAGUGAGCCAGAUUGCAGCCUCUGUGUGACUUACUAUUUACAGUGAAGCUGAGACUCACCAGAAUCAGAUGAAUAAGAUAUGAUAUUUCAGGAAAUUUAGGACCCACUGAUUCCAUGAAAUUACAAGGAAAUUAGGGUCUUUUUUGUGUCUGCAAAGCUGAAGUAUGCCAGAGUGGAGCCUCUGUGUAACUUAAUAUUACAGUGAAGCUGAGACUCACCAGAAACAGAUGAAUGACACGACAUAUUUCAGCAAACUUAAGACCAACUGAUUCCAAGAAAUUACAAGGAAAUCAGGGUCUGUUUCGGUGAAGUAACUCUGUGUAACUUACUAUUUCCAGUGAAGCUGAGACUCACCAGAAGCAGAUGAACGAGCACUUCACUAGGAGACAUCACAAACCCAUAAACGAUGGUGUUUUUGCAGACGUUAAUAAAUCAAAGUGGUUGCUGUGCUCACGCUAAUUAUAUUAACAUCAAAGUAUCAUCGACAUAUCGUACCAUCCCACCAGAUUCAGUUCCUUUUCAGAACUCUUCAAAUCGGUGGCUUGACCUUUGACCUUCUAUGCCUGCUCUGAACCCAGUCGUCUUAAUUCUUUUCUCUUUGCUUUAAACCAAAAGGAGCCUUCUGUUCAUGCUGUUAGCGGAGCAGCCACACCCGGGUCAACCAGAUACUGAAAUCCUUCCAUCGAGUUGAAAUGUUUACUGUUUUUUUUUUGUGUCGUUACAAUCAUCAGUGACGUUAGAAUGGGUUUAUAUGUUUUAUGUCAUUGUGAAAGCACUUUCUGAAACACUUCUGGACCAACUUUUCAUGGAUUUCUCACAGAAACUUUACCUUUAGUUAAUGUUGAGUAACUCCCUUUUUUAGGGACUGUAGUUGGAGGAAGCAGUACCUUUGAUUGGAUGCAAUGGUUACUUAGAUUUUGCCAUCUAACAUUGAAAUUUAAAGUGUGAAGGACCAAAUAUUCAGAAAAGAUAGUCAAAUUAUUAACGCAUUUUUAAAGGAAACCCUUUAACGCCCUUAAACUGCGACUUUGUUUUAUGACCUUGAACGCACCGUUCAUUUACAGUUCAAUGGAGUUAAGUGAGCAUUUUUAAGACAAUCCAUCCGGUUCAGCUGUUUCUAAUAAAACUUGAUGCAAGCGUUGGAUUUCAGAGCGAUGUGACCCGGUGUGGCUGCAGGUUUUAGGCCCUCGGUGUGUUUCUCCAAUGCAGUGUCAGUGUGUGUGUGUGUGUGUGUGUGUGUGUGUGUGUGUGUGUGCGUGUAAUCAUUUCACAUCAUGCCUCAUUUUAGACUUCUUUGAAUAAGUAGUUAAAUAAGAAAUUUAGAAACAAACUGGACUCGUUUUCCUGAAUUAAAUCUCUACAUUAGUUCAGUCGUUAGAAAAGAACAUUACCAAAAACAUUCUUUAAAUCGUCCCUGAAAAAAUAAAGAAAACACACGAUAAGUAUUUGAAAAUGUUAAAGAAGUGAAUCUGUUUGAGACCAUUUUAGGAAAACGAGUCCAGUGCUGAAGAGGAGGGAGAGUGGGGAACAAACAGUGUUUUGAGAACAUGUUGUAGACAUGUUUUAAUGCUAACAAUGAUCUGUAAUGUGACGUGUGUUAAAAUGAAACAUGUAUGUUUGUCAGGAUCAGAGUGCCAAUGUUAAAAACUCUGGUUUGGAAUGAAAAAUGAAUUCAACUGUGAAAAUAAAAACUGAUGCAGUGGCGU